CCAGUGGCAUGGAGCGCUGAUUUUACCUCUAGGCUGCAGAGGAAGGGAUCAAGAUUCAAGACAAAUUGUGGGACACGUGUACGGCGACGGACCAUCAUCGUUCUGCCGUGUGAUUGUGAUUAGUUGCAAUUUGCAAAUCCCCUUUCUCGUCACAUCUGAAUGUAAAUCUUAUCGAAUUAUCUCAUAUUUUUCUCGAUAAACCCAAGAAAUGAAAACGGUGGACAUUGGAACUGGACAAUCUUUGUAUCUACAUUCCAGGAGAAAACAACCACCCGCGGCUCACCCCAUCUCGGAACCCUAACCUUACCCAAAAUUCCAGCUCCGAAAUCGGUUUCAAAUCCGCAUUAUACCCCCCGCAGCAACAGUAACUCCCGCUACGUGGCUAGCUUGCAACCAUAUAGUUUACGCCGCGUGGCUUAUACGGUCCCUAUCAUCCAUGUCAGACCUAGGCAUCACCCCUAAUCCCAAUCUCAAAGAGGAAAAAACAUUAGGAAAAAUCUCCAUUUUGGGGAAUAACAAUUAUUAUUAAUUUAAACAAAUACACUGAUAGUAGUAUUCUUUUUCUGUGUCUCUUCUUCUGGUGCUGAAAUGUUUCUUGUUGGAUAUACCAAGUCGAGCACACUAUAGAUUUCCGAUUUUAUCCUUCUUCUUUUUCUCUCUGUUUCUUGGUUCUUCUUUCCUUUUGCCUCCCCAUAUCUGCCUUCUCUUUUCUCAGUGGAGUGAAGUGUUCGGAAAUGGACGGAGGAACUCAGUACAACCUGAGAACAGUAGAGGAGGUCUUUAGGGAUUUCAAAGGCCGUCGGGCCGGCAUGAUCAAAGCCUUAACCACUGAUGUUGGAGAAUUUUAUGAGCAGUGCGAUCCUGAGAAGGAGAAUCUUUGCUUGUAUGGAUUCCCUGAUGAACAUUGGGAAGUUAAUUUGCCUGCUGAGGAAGUGCCUCCAGAGCUCCCAGAGCCUGCAUUAGGUAUUAACUUUGCUAGAGAUGGGAUGCAAGAAAAGGACUGGUUGUCACUUGUUGCUGUUCACAGUGAUGCAUGGUUAUUAGCGGUGGCUUUCUAUUUUGGUGCUAGGUUUGGUUUUGAUAAGGCUGACAGGAAACGUCUCUUCACUAUGAUAAAUGAUCUCCCAACAAUAUUUGAAAUUGUCACCGGAAGUGCCAAGAAACAGGCAAAGGAGAAGUCAUCAGUUUCAAAUCACAGCAGCAACAAAUCCAAGUCAAGCUCAAAACCGAGAGGCUCUGAAUCUGCUAAAUAUUCAAAGAGCCUGCAGGCCAAGGAUGAGGAAGAGGGAUUGGAUGAGGAAGAUGAAGAGGAGCAUGGGGAAACCUUGUGUGGUGCAUGUGGAGAGAACUAUGCUUCAGAUGAGUUCUGGAUUUGUUGUGACAUAUGUGAAAAGUGGUUUCAUGGCAAAUGUGUAAAGAUCACCCCUGCCAGGGCUGAGCACAUCAAGCAGUACAAGUGCCCCUCUUGCAGCAACAAGAGAGCACGACCUUGACAUUAAGGAGAUGCUGAGUUUUUCCCUCAUGUAAUUCUCCCAUGCUCUUGGCAGCCAACUGUUUAGGUGGUCAGAUUUUCUGUGCUGGGCCAAGUUGGCCUGCUUAUGUAUCAAGUACUUUUCUAGGGGACUUUCAGGUGGAUAUAUUAGGAUUGAUAGAGUUUUCAGGUGCUGAACUUUUAUUCUAUUUGAUUCCAGAAUUGGGAUAUACAAUAUUUCCGGUGUAGGAAAUCUUUUUUCCCUGUUCUGUUGGCUACAUACUGCAUAGAAUGUGUUGUUUCUUUUUGCUAUAUUUGCGGAGGGUCUGGUUGCAGACGUUUGAUUGAA